GCUUAGCCUGCAGGAAGCGUUAAGGGUACAUCAUUAGUUAUCAUGGUUAGAUAUUAAGUGCCAAUCAUUAACUCCAAAAUUCAAGUGCUUGUGUUUCAGAAAAAGAUCUUCAAAAAAUAGUCAAUUAGCAGUUCAGAAUUAUGAAACAAGAAACCAUCGCAAAGGCACGAGGAAGAAACCAUAUUAACAUUUCUCAAGAUAUCAGAGACUCAAAUGCAAGAAGUUAUUGCUGCUUGCAGUUUCCAUGCAAUAUGAAUUGUUGGACUGCCAUGAUGUACAAGCAGUUGCUGCCUAGUUAACUCAGAUCUUGUCCGGUGGUGUGUUAAGGCACAAAUGAUAAUACACUAAGUCAAUGAUUGCAAAAUGUUGACUUUAGUCAGUUAGUUAGUUAAGAGUUUGUUAGCUGUUAUAACAAACUUGAUGACAUGGCAUUGUAUUGUAUAAAUUCGAUAUUGCAUUGUAUAAGUACUGAUAAGCUGAUUGUGAUCAGUUAUCAAAUAACAAAAUAAAAUCCUAAUUCCUAUCUUUCUCUCUCUGAUUCUUCGUACUCUCAUUCUUCUCUCUUCUUCUUCUUUUCUCUUAUCUUCUAUUCUUUCCUUCUUCUUAGUUCUUCUUGACUUGAUCAGCAAGAAAUUGAUCAAAGAUAUUGAUCAAAGCAGUCACACUUAAGGUGACUGCAACAUUGGUAUCAGAGCAACUAUUGACAUCAAACAAUCUUUGAUGAUCUCAGAUAAGACCUUGGGAAAUCAAUUCUGAAAAAAAAAUAAAAAUAAAGAGAUUUUCGCAUUAGCAAUUAGAAAUUGAUCAAUUUGGUUGAAAUUGAUUGUUGAGCAAUUCCUUAAACUGGCGCCUGCAACUCGAAAAGUGAUGGAGGAUCACUUGAAGCAGCUUGAGGAAAGAUUACAUGAGCAGUCUGUAAGGGUGGAAACACAAUCUGCACAGAUUCUGGAUCAAUCAAGAAAGAUUGAUGACAUGCUAGCUGUGAUGAUGGAAAUGAAGAAUCAAUGGAAGGAUUCAACUCCUACAGGUUCUAGGAGUGGAGGUAAUCAUGAAACUAAUUCAUUACAGAAAUCUUUAGGAUAUAAUCCAAAGUUGUCAUUUCCUAAAUUUGAUGGUACUAAUUGCAGAAUCUGGAUUAGAAAAUGUAGCAAGUACUUUAACUUGUGUAAAAUUGCUGAUGAUCAAAAGGUUGAUUUAGCUUCUUUAAACAUGACUCAUAAGGCUGAGAGUUGGGUUAGUAGUUAUUUGUCUGCUAGAGGACAUGUGGAAUGGCAUGAAUUUUGUCUUGACUUGGCUGCUAGAUUUAAAGAUACUAGGGGUACCAAUUCUGUAGAAAAGUUUAAUAAGUUGACACAAACUGAUUCAAUUGAGACAUAUCUGGAUGAGUUUGAAGAUUUGAAAUCUGGUGUACUGCAAACCCAUCACAAUUUGCCUGAAGAGUUCAUAUUAGAUAGCUUUAUUGGGGGUCUUGAUCCAGUAGUGAAACCCUUUGUGAAAGCUUUCAAACCUAAUACUAUAGCUGAGGCUGUGGAGUUUGCAAGAUUACAGGAAGAACAGAAUUUAGCUUUAAACCAAAAACCAGCCAAAACACAUUCAUACUCACAAAAUUACAAAGCCAUACAAGCUGUCCCUUUGAAUGUCAGUAAACCAGCCUUGUUACCCACUCCAUCUACAAAACCUAUCCCACUACCCAUCACUAAGUUUCACAAUAGACCAAACAGAAAUUUUAGACAUGUACCUGCUGAUGUGAGGGCUGAGAAAAUAGCAAAAGUCCUUUGUUACUACUGUGAUCAGCAUUAUGAUAGGAAUCAUAAAUGUCAAUUCAAGGAACCACGACUAUUUACUGUGGAGAUUGCUGGCAGUAGUGAGGAUAAAGCAGAUAGCAAUAGUGAUCUAGAAGCUGAAACAGAUGAAGAUGAGGAUGUGAAUGAACCAGUUCUGUCACUGAAUGCACUAUCAGGAAACCAAAACUUUUAA